GAGUUGUCCCUGUGAUCUGUGCUGAUGCAGUGACCGGAACAUGUUGAUGGACGCACAAGUAGACUGACAAGGAAUAUAAUUUAUCCACUAAUCGUGGCAGCGACAUUCAUAAGUCGGUCCGUGGAUCAGAAAUGGCGGCGUUUCAACUUAUGUUUUUAAGGCGGAUACAAAUUUUGAUCUGUUUCACUUUCGGACUUGGUGUUGGCUUUCUUGUCACAAGCAUCAGUCGGGGAGCGCCACUCGGGUUUAAUUCAGAUCAGUGGAGCCUGAGACAAGGACAAAUUUUCAGCAGAUGGCGAGCCAUGCAUGGACAUCCUGGUGGAAGGGAAGAUCUGCAUGAACAGUUUGAAACACAUCUGGCUCGACAUCAAGUUGGAGAAGUCAAGUUUGAAGACGGGCACCUGCAUCACGAUGAUGACGCACUCGCCAAGUCCCUGUUUGAGAAGGAGCGCGUGUUGUGCUGGAUAAUGACCUCACCACAGAACCUUGAGACGAAGGCACGUGUCGUACGUGAUACGUGGGCUAAGCGUUGCAACAAGGUUAUUUUCAUCAGCUCUACAACAGAUCCCAAGUUUCCAACAGUUGGUUUGAAUGUCUCUGAAGGUCGAGAACAUUUGACAGCCAAAACCAUGCAAGCCUUUCGGAUGAUAUACGAGAAACAUAUAAACGAUGCUGAUUGGUUCAUGAAGGCUGACGAUGAUACCUAUGUUAUCUUAGAGAACCUCCGGUACUUCUUAACGUCACAGAAGAAGACGGAACCUGUAUAUUUUGGCCACCAUUUUAAGACAAUCGUUAAACAAGGGUACUACAGCGGCGGAGGGGGGUAUGUGCUGAGUAGGGAGGCGUUGAAAAGAUAUGGGGAGAAAGGUCAUGACCCCAGGAUAUGUCGACAAGAUGGCGGCGCGGAGGACGCAGAGUUCGGCAAAUGUAUGGAGAGUCUGGGGGUGAGGACAGUCAACUCUACAGACGCCCUGGGGAGGAGCAGGUUCCACUGUUUUGACCCCGAGACACACCUGUUUGGUGGCUACCCGGAGUGGUAUUACAAAUACGAUGCUAACGGUGCCCAGAAGGGCACAGAGAGCAUCUCCGACUACGCCAUAUCCUUCCACUACGUGCCCCCACAUAAGAUGCACGCUCUGGAGUUUUACAUCUAUCACUUACGACCGUAUGGCAUUGUGUCCGGAACCCAGGAGCUCAACAGACAAACGGAUGUGAAACCCGGAACUCAGGGGGUCAACAGACAUGCGUAGUGGCACCCGGAACUCAGGAGGUCAACAGACAUGCGUAGUGGCACCCUGAACUCAGGAACUCAACGGACAAGCGGAUGUGAAAACCGGAACUCAGGAGGUCAACAGACAUGCGUAGUGGCACCCGGAACUCAGGAGGUCAACAGACAUGCCUAGUGGCACCCGGAAGUCAGGACGUCAACAGACAUACGUAAUGACAUCAAGACCUGACACAUUACAACACGGCUGCAGUGGUGAACCUUAUUUUGCAGUACAGCGUGUAAACCUAUUUGCUGUUGGACAGAAUUUCUGCACUUGUACACGGCAGCCGUAAUUCAAAAUUGACAUAUCGUUUUCGGUUUCAACUGAAUCAGUAAAUGCGCUAUCGAAUCUUUGAAUUUUCUGGCCCAUUGAUGGCGUGAUGUUCGGGUUUGUUUACAGGCCGCCGUCGCAUGGCAGGAGUAUUGUGCGGCGCCAGGCAACAAACAUGUAAAUGGCUGUGCGAGUUGUGUGAGUGACGGGUUCUGCCUGUAGGGCGGGGCAUGUUACCGUUUUCGCGGACACCUGGUGUCAUCACUCAUUUUCAGUGAUCCAUUCAUACAAUUUCAACCGCCUUUUACUCUUAAUGGAAUCGUGUUAUUCUCUGGGGGUGACGAUCUAUGUGAAACGUUGCCGUGUGCCUUCUGCUUGUAGCCUGGUGAUAGUCACUGUUUAUAUGUGCUUACCUGGUUUGGCCUUUACUGCGGUAUUAUUCCUGAUUCUUAUGAGCAGGGGUUAUGUGAGUGUUAAUCUGGAUAUGAGGUUGGUGAUGGAAUUGUUUGAUUCCAUGUCAAAUAGUUUUAGCUGAUCAAAUAUGAAUGCUGAAUGUAAUAUUUUACGUCACUUCAGUAACUCUGUCAAUUUUAGCACGAAUAUAGACCUUGAAUUGUUGAAUAGCUGCAACCUGGCAAGGAACGAAACCAACGGUAUGUACAGGUAAAGCGAAAUAUGAAUAUUACAAACAAGAAAUUCUUGAGGAGAGUAUUAUCACUUCUAGACAGUUCUCGCCUGCUGUAAAAAGUCCCAGCUCAAAUAAACAGCCCCAGAACACGCUGAUAUUCGAAGAUUGGUGAAUAUAUUUCCAAGAAGUAUUUUCUAAUUCUAAUAAUUGAAACGAAGAUGAUUAGUGUUUAAUUUCGAAUUAAAUGAUAAUUAAUUUCCCGAGGUGACAACAGACAUUCUCGAUUCCACAAUUACCAUGACAAAAUUAUUUGACAGGAUUAAUCACUUAAAUAACAAUAUCAUGACAUCAGCUUCGGAUAAAGCGUAUUUCGGAAGUUUUCAAAAUUUCAUCACACAUAUUGGUUCCUUAUCUUGAACCGAUUUUAAAUAUCAUUCUUACUUUCCUGAGAAUUGAGUACUGUGACUGAUACAAAUAACUAUAGAGGAAUUGUGCUUCUAAGUGUAUUCAGUAACAUAUUAUCAUUAAUACACGUUUGGUCUUUUGGGCAGACACUAAACUCAACGAGGCACAUCCUGGAUUUGGACAGGGAUAUAGCACAACUGAUACAGUUUUUUUUUUUGUAUUUCACAGUCAAGUAUACAGUAUACAGGGACCAAGCUUUUACUUCGACACAAACGUAAGUUCGACACAUUAAAGUUUGACACAACGGUGUUUGACAACAAAGGGUCGCAAACUAUAUGCUCUAGCUGUAGAUAGACUUGUGUCCUCAGUAUAAGGAAACAAAGAUUGAUUGGUUGGCUGGUUGACAAGUACAUGUAUGUAUAUUUACAACAUGAGUGUAAUUAAAAAAACUGACAUCACGAUUUUUUCGAUAUGUGUCACCAUACAGGAGUAUAUAAUACAGGAGCAAAGCCGGGUAAAAAGAGCUUUGUUUGACACUUUCUACAUCAAAGGUCUGACUAUGCACUUGGUUCAGGAGUGAGUGAGUAUAGUUUUACGCCGCUUUUAGCAAUAUUCCAGCAAUAUCACGGCGGGGGUACACCAGAAAUGGGCUUCACACAUUG